UGUUGAGAUGCCGCUGUCUAUAAAUAUGACGCUACUCUGUCGCAGAAGCAUCCAGUGCACCAGGACCAACAAGACGUUCGCCAAACUUCAUCGGAGAUUUGAUUCCUACAGAGCCCCAUCAUGUAUUUCAGCAUACUUGUCGUUGCGAUGCUCAUAUCGUUUGCAUCAGGCAAUCCAGCGGAUAAGCAGGUUGAUGAAGGUGCCGUUUGGAAUUUCGGCUAUAUGUCAUCCUGUGCUACUAAUUCAUACAGUACUAGAUACAACGGAUAUGGCUGCUUCUGCGGAUUAGGAGGUCACGGCACCCCAGUAGACAAUUUGGAUGUAUGCUGUCAGGUGCAUGACAACUGCUACGGUGAUGUGGAAGCGGCUAACGGAGGACCCUGCCCCCAGGGCACCAACAUAUAUACCCUAGGAUACACUUACGAGUGUAGAGCACCCUGGAGUUGGUUCUUUAAAGCCGAAGAGCUUACCAUCACCUGCGAUGCUGAAGCCAAUGACGGAUGUGCGCAAGCAUUGUGUGAGUGUGACAAGACGGCAUCCCUGUGCUUCGCGGCAAACGAAUAUAAUGAUGCGUACUACAACUACGACAAGGAGAAUUUGUGUACAGCCUAAAUAAUCGACGGGGUAGACUAUUCAUUGCACAAAACAUUCACAUUAACAGCACUAUAGGGCUGAAUUACAAUAAAAAAAUACGGGAAGGCUAUAAGAUAUACAUGGAAAAGAACAGGUCAGCAAUUUAUAUAAAAGCAUCAAUGACGUUAUUACGAAUAUUUUCAUUGGGAAUAUUUACAAAAUAGGAAAUUGAAAAUAGAUAAGCUAGAACAGUAUAUUUUCAUUCUCAAGAUUGAAUCUUUAGUUUUAGAGAGAGCAAACCGAUAUAAAUAUACAUCCUCAUAGUUUUUUUGUUUUUUUUAAAUCGUCAUCCUAUAAUUUUUUUUCUUUUUCUUUUUACGGGUUAACAAUGAUUUUGACAGUUAAGUGUAUUACAAUAUUCUUACAUAACUACUUGAGCACUAUUUAUCUGAUUAUAUGGAAUUCGUAUUUGAAAGAUAUCGAACUUUAAAAUAAAGAUAGAAAGUUUUUAAAUUAUAAAAUGAUAUGUGUGACAUUUUCAAAUCAACCUAAAUAUACAUCCUUAUAGUUUAUUUUAAAAAGAAAUCGUCAUCCUAUGAAUUAUUUAUUUUCUUUUAACGGGUUAACAAUGAUUUUGACAGUUAAGUGUAUUACAGUAUUCUUACAUUACUACUUGAGCACUAAUUAUCUGAUUAUAUGGAAUUCGUAUUUGAAAGAUAUCGAACUUUAAAAUAAAGAUAGAACGGUUUUAAAUUAUAAGAGGAUACAUGUGACAUUUUCUUGAUGGAAUUCUCAUGAAAUUUGAAAUGAGUAUGAUAAAAUAUUACUUUAUUGGGUAAAGUUCACUCCACUAAUUACAGUUUACUUGCAUAAUAAUGAUUGGCUUCCCACUCACACCGAACGAUUACUCCUAAGGUUAAAGAAAAUGAAAGCAUGGGGUACGACAAAAGAAGAUUGUUGAUCGAACUAAAAAUUGUGUUUUUCGAGAUUUCGUCGAUUUCGUGCAAUAAAGUGAAUUAUACUCUCAA